AUGCACAAAAACAAAAAAAGUUACACCCAAGUUAGAAUUGAUGAAGGAGGUGGGACUAGGAGAAUACCGAUAGAUGAAAAUAGUAGAUGCAAGGCAAUCUUGCAGACGGCUAUCAAUUCAUCUUCCCCAAAUGGACAAUCAACCAAAGGGAACAUUGAUUCAUUUGAUGUUCAGUUAUUAGACUACAAGAGUCAUAAAUGUGAGUCAAACUUGACUGUCCAGGAAAUGUAUGGAAUCACCGGACUUUCCACAUCGCGUUUUUAUUUAGCUACAACCUAUAAGGUAGAUUUGCCAACAGAGGAAAAUGCUGACCAUUUUAUAACAGUUCCUAGCACCUCAUCCAGUGCUAGCCCAACACUGGAAUCUCCUGUGAGUCCUGUGCCGUUUCAGGAAUCUCCUGUGAGUCCUGUGCCAUUUCAGGAAUCUCCUCUGAGUCCUGUGCCACUGCCAUCAAGAGAAGAACCACAUUUAUUCAAUUUUAAUAUGUUUGACGCUAAUUUUGCUGCAAUUUCAUUGCCCAAUGAAAAUACUGACAAUGAUAGAAAGACUACAAAACUUAUAGUUCACAGAGAAAGAGAGACAAUAAAAACUGCUUCAGAAAACUUUGAAAAUGUCGAUAGGGAAGAACUGCUGGACAUCAUCACUAUAUACGAUUCUAAAUGGGUUCCAGCAAAAAAUGAUAUCCAACAGUUAGUGAGAGAUAUUGCUCAUAAAGAGUUGGUGCAGAAACCAGCAUAUGUGGUGAAAUGCUUCAAUUUAGAGUUGAAACAAAAAAAUAUAUAA